AUGGUAGAGGACGGUAUCGCUAGCGAAGCCACGAGGAAAAAAAUAUCCAAAGACGACGCCGCAAACGACGAUGCGGAUGCUACCGCAUUGUUCGGAGUGUUCGGAACAAAACAGAGGAUCCGGAUCAACAAAAUCCUCAAAGAUCACGGGCUCUAUGCUGUGAAAUUUCGAGCUCACUUAAUCAUACGAAUUUUAUCCUGGAGAAUGUCGAUCUAGAGCCCAUUAGAUUGUUAAAUAAUCAAGCUUACCUAACUUAAGAUGGCACCCGCAUUAAAUGGGCUCAAGACUUUUCAUCAUUACAGAAUUUUGUUAAAAACGUCGCUGGACUAAGCGGUGAAUGGGAGUCGCCCGGCGGUAGAGCAAAACGAUUUAAUGACUCGAAUCUCGAUUUUGUUAUGACCUGGGAUCUGGGAAAGCGAAACUCUUUGAUAUUCCACGGUAAAGAAGGCGAAUCAUUCAAGAAAUUUCUGGUGCGUAUUUUACAAACAAACUCUACAAGUCAAAUAGACGCUAUCACGGAUGGAGUAUUAAAUACAACAACCAAAACACCCCUUGAACCUAAUCUUUUGUCGGGUGAUUUAGACGAAACUGCCAACAAUACUAGCACUUAUAUCAAUUCAUCUGUAUAUAAUGGUUAUUGCUGUGAAAGCAGAAUCGAUAGUAAGGUUUUGAAGGAUAUUAAAUCGGACGUCGCGGCUUUACAAACACAAAUGAACUCUGUCAAUGCAAUCAUAGUCUCCACUAACGCAAUUAUUGGGCCCAUGAGUGCUAUUCUGAUACCUUCAGGUCCCGAGAGUGGCCGCGUACCUUAUGAUCUUAGACUGGAAACGUUUCUCCAAGAGUUUUCCGUAAUUUUAAAAGAGAAGAACAAGACUAUUACAAAUCUUCAGGAGAAGUUAAUUCAAGUCGAAAACGAACGUGAUUUAUUGAAAUUUGCAUCUCAAAAUCUGGACAAAAACACACUAGCCAAAUCUAUAAUUAAUGAGCCCCUUAAACAAAAAAGCAAUCAAAGCAACGGAAAUGCUAAUUUAGACAUAAAUAUACAAAGUGCCGACUUAAACAAAGAAAACAAUAGAUCAUUGUACAUCCCCUUGCCUGUAACACCUCCCAAUGGUGUGCUUUUAAAAUCAGUAAAUAACUUAACUGAUAGCAUGUCCGAUGAGUCGUUCAAGCCAAGAAACCACAACAAGCUUUCCGAAAUCCUAAUUAAUAAGCAUCCUAAACAAAGGACAAGCCAAGACGUAGAAAGUAUCCAACCCAGUGGUAAAUUAUCUACACCGAAUACAAAAAUUAAUUUUGUUGACAAACAUAAUCGUCAUAAGAUAGCACAUGACAAGGCCGAAUACGUUCCUUUAGAGAAACGUAAGAAAAAUCCUUUUCGGAAACAUUAUUUCCGAUACAAACCACCUCUCCUUCGCCGACCGACCAAAGAUUGGCUAAACCACUUAAACCUUGUCCACAUAAUAACCACGGACAGCCCCCACAAGAACCGGUUUUUGAAUAAAAAAAACCUCCACAACGGCCAUCACCAGUUCGAAUCACGAACAGACUUCCAAAGAAAACGUAUCACUUUUCUCCCCCUUGUCGGGGCGGUACGGUAUUGA